GUUUCUUCCCCCGAAAGUGCGCUCCGAAAUGCAAAGUUCAGUACGUGUAAAAUGGCAAGCAGGCACUGUCGCCGCCUGGGCCCGACUGGCAUUCGCCGGAUUUUGGCAGGCUGCAGGGCAAACUAUUCGCGGCCUGCAGCCUCAUUGAAGCGGGAGUACGAUGCUGUCGUGAUCGGGGCAGGACACAAUGGACUGGUUGCUGCUGCUUAUCUACAAAAGGGAGGGUUGAAAACAGUAGUGCUGGAGAGAAGAUACAUUGUGGGAGGUGCUGCAGUCACUGAAGAAAUUGUCCCAGGCUUUCACUUCUCCAGAGCCUCUUACCUACUCAGUCUGCUGAGGCCCCAGAUUUACACUGAGCUGGAGCUAAAGAAACAUGGCUUAAAAGUGCUUCUACGUGACCCAUAUGCCUUCACUCCAAUCCUGGAGGACAGCCAGGGUGGGCAAGUUCCUCGCUCGCUGUUGCUGGGGAACAGCAUGGCUGAGACACAGAAACAGAUUGCCCAGUUCUCCCUAAAGGAUGCCCAGGCUUUUCCCAAGUAUGAGGCGUUCAUGAACCGCUUGGUGACAGCCAUUGACCCUCUACUUGAUAUCUGUCCAAUGGAUGUAGCUGCGCUCACCCGGGGCUCCUUGCGUCAGCGAUUCAGGGCCUUGGUGGGGUUGAGAGCCCUGUUCCGUGCGGGAUUUGCUUUGGGAAAACAACUUCCACAGUAUUAUGAGGUUCUCACAGCUCCCAUUUCCAAGAUUUUGGAUUUCUGGUUUGAAUCAGAGCCCUUAAAAGCAACAUUGGCCACAGAUGCGGUGAUCGGUGCCAUGGCUGGUCCACACACACCAGGCAGUGGGUAUGUUUUGCUGCACCAUGUCAUGGGAGGAUUAGAGGGGCGCAAGGGUGCCUGGGGUUAUGUGUCUGGUGGCAUGGGGGCACUUUCUGGAUCCUUGGCUCGUGCUGCAACUGCACUUGGGGCUGAGAUCUUUACUGAUAAGGCAGUUUCCCAGAUUCUCCUGAGUGCUGAUAAGAAGGUUCAAGGAGUUUGUCUCCAGGAUGGAACUGAAGUGAAGAGCCACUUGGUGCUGUCCAAUGCAUCUCCACAUCAUACCUUUUUGGAGAUGACUCCACAAGAGCAUCUGCCCUUGGAGUUUGUACAAAGAAUCUCACAGUUUGACACACGUUCUCCAGUCACCAAGAUCAAUGUGGCUGUGGAUCGGUUGCCCAAUUUUUUAGCAGUCUCAAACACUACCAGCAAUGAGCCCUUGCCUCACCAUCAAUGCUCCAUCCAUCUCAAUUGUGAAAACACUCAUGCCUUGCAACAGGCCUUUGAAGAUGCUUGCAAUGGGAGGCCCUCGAGAAGGCCCAUGAUUGAGAUGUGCAUUCCAUCGGUCUUGGAUCCUACCCUGGCUCCCCCAGGCUGCCAUGUGAUUUCACUUUUUACCCAAUACACCCCCUAUUUGCUUGCCGAAGAAAAACAGUGGGACCCCCAUGACCGUGAGGACUAUGCCAAUCGAGUAUUUGACAGUGUUGAAGCCUAUGCACCUGGGUUCAAGGCAUCCAUCAUUGGCAUAGACGUUUUAACACCUCCAGACCUUGAGCAGAUCUUUGGUCUACCUGGUGGGAAUAUAUUCCAUGGAGCCAUGUCUUUGGAUCAGUUAUAUUUUGCCCGUCCAGUGCCAGCUUACUCCAGUUACCAGUCUCCAAUCCAAGGCCUAUACCUCUGUGGAAGCGGUGCUCAUCCUGGAGGAGGUGUGAUGGGAGCAGUGGGACGCAAUGCUGCUAGAGUAGCCUUGGAGGAUUUCAAGCAUCUGUGAGCCAAUAGGAUGAUUUACUGCAUUGGCUCAAAAAGAGAGAAAUCUGGGCAUUCUCCAAUCCAAGCCUUUGAAACGAACUCUCUUAUCUUUAGCGUUUGGGGGCUGCUUUACUAGCGUCCUCUCAUAUUUUUUUCAUCACAAAUUACUCAAUCUGCCACUAUGACACAUUUCUCCUGCAGUUACAUGGUCACUAAGUAAGUAAGAGCCACUGCUGUUUCAUGUGGGACACAAAAACGUGCUGUAAAAAGCACAACGGCUGAGCUUUCCUGGCAAACCUGUUUCGACUUUCUAAUCAACUAACAUGCUUUCUAUGUUGUAUUAUUUAACCAGGAGUUUCUCCCUCUAUCUCAGUGUUUCUCAAUGUUGGCAACUUGAAGAUGUCCGGACUUCAACUCCUAGAAUUC